UAAGGGCAUGCUAUUCUUCUGUUAGCAAUGGCGAGUGAUAGCAAGUGUGUAGAUGUGGAGGCUUGGGGGCGCAAGCCGGGGGUCUAUCUGUACACCUUGAGGAAUGGAGGCAUCACUGCCAGGAUCACGAACUGGGGAGCGACCAUCGUCUCGCUCUGCCUCAGGGAUCCUUCAGCUGGAGAGGACAUUGAUAUCGUUCUGGGAUUUGAUUCCUGCGAUCCUUACAUGGAUGGAACCUCGCCGUAUUUUGGAUGCAUUGUUGGUCGCGUAGCGAACCGGAUCAAAGACGCAUCUUUUUCCAUGGAUGGAGUCACGUACACUCUGCCUGCCAAUAACAACAUGAACACUCUUCAUGGUGGUGAAGUUGGAUAUGACAAAGUGCUGUGGCAGUCGCAAAUUGUCAAGGAAUCUCAGGUCCCAGCGGUCGAAUUUACGUACCGCAGCAGCGAUGGCGAGCAAGGAUUCCCGGGCGAGCUGGACGUUUCAGUAACUUAUGCUCUUCACGAGAACGAGCUGCGCGUGGAAAUGAGAGCUGUGCCGGCGAGCAAGCAAACUCCGGUCAGCCUUGCGCAGCACACGUACUGGAACCUGGCGGGGCACAAGAGCGGCAGCAUCCUCGACCACACCAUUUGCAUCUCGGCCUCUCGCUACACUCCAGUGGACGACUUCCAGAUUCCCACUGGCGAGCUCGCCCCCGUCGCAGGCACCGCCUUUGAUUUCCUGCAAGAGGCCAGGAUCGGUUCCAGGAUUGAUCAAGUCGAGGGGGGAUACGAUCACAACUACGUGCUGGAUCAGAAGCAAGGACCUGGGCUUUGCUUUGCUGCCAGGGUGAGAGAUCCAUCCAGUGGAAGAACGAUGGAGCUUCUCACGGACGCGCCGGGCUUGCAGUUCUACACGGGGAACUUCUUAGUGGCAGAGGCUGGAAAAGAUGGACAGGUUUACAGGAAGCACGCCGGGCUUUGCCUCGAGACGCAGGGAUUUCCAAAUGCCGUUAACGACGCAAGGUUCCCGAGCGUGAUGGUUUCCCCCGGGGAAGUUUACAGGCACCAGAUGGUGUUUAGAUUCUCCGUGACACGAAAGGAAAAAACAAAGUGUUUGCUCGAGUGAUUGAUAGCAGCUUUCGGCCGAGUGGAGCAUUCAAGGUGCUGGGAGGAGAGGAUUGAUUGAUAGUGUCAUUCCAUCCACACAGCAGAUAAGUUUACAGAGCAGGACGAUUGAUCCUGUAACAAACAUAGCAAAGAACACACAGAGAGAGAUCACACUGGAAUUUAUAAAGAAUCCAUAGCUUAGAGAAGAUGUUACAGCUUGAUCUCAAAUUCAUGGGUGUCUCUGACCAUGCUCUUUUCGUU